AUGGCUGCGGAGGAUGCGGCAGCGCGGUCCCGAACCGGGGCCCUGCUCUCCCGCGGGGUUCCGCUCUCUCCGUACCGCCUGCUGCUGCUCUCGCUGUCCGCCUGCUCCCUGCUCCCGGCCCCGGCGCUCGGCUUGCUCGGCUUUCGGCCGGAGGAGACCGGGGCGGAGCUGUCCGUGGAGGACGGGGUGCUGAAAGCCACCGAGGGGACCCGCUUCAUGCUGCGGGUUUACUACUCCACCUCCCCGCAGAGGCUCAACCGCACCGCGGCGACUCGAGCCAACAACGCCGCGCCCUGGAUCGCCUUCAUCGAGGAGCCAACUCCCGGCCGAGAGGGGCAAGUUCACCCGAAGCGGAACAUGUGCAUGGACAAGAACGCCCGGACGUCCGACAUCGAGGUUUUAGGCUCUUUCAAGUCUGCCUCCAGCCAGAACUCGGUGCUGGUGGAGCUGCUGGCCAAGGACCUGCGGAGGGGGGAGAAGAUCAAACACUACUCCAUGUGCGCCUUCGACGGAUCGAAAUGGGAACACUUCCGGACGCGGGAUUUCUGGGUGGCCGUGGUGGAGCGCUCGGCUGUGCCGGAGCUCUGGCUGCAGGUUCUGGUCUCGGUCCUGCUGCUGGGGCUGUCGGCUCUGUUCAGCGGGCUCAACCUGAGCCUGCUGGCGCUGGACCCGGUGGAGCUGCAGGUGCUGCAGAACAGCGGCACCGACAAGGAGCAGAAAUACGCGCGGAAAAUCGAGUCGGUGCGUCGGCACGGUAACUACGUCCUCUGCACGCUGCUGCUGGGCAACGCGAUCAUCAACGCCUCGCUCGCCGUGUGGAUGUGCCAAAUCCUGGGCAUGACCUGGCUCUCCACGGUCAUCUGCGCCUUCGGCAUCUUCUUCAUCGGGGAGAUCCUUCCGCACUCGGUGGCGUCGCGGCACGGCCUGGCCAUCGCCUCCAAAACCAUCUGGGUGACGCGGCUGCUGAUGGUGCUCUCCUUUCCGAUCUCCUACCCCAUAAGCAAGCUGCUAGACCUCAUCCUCAACCAGGAGAUCUCCAACUUUUACACCAGGGAGAAACUCCUGGAGAUGCUGCGCGUCACCGACCCGUACCACGACCUGGUCAAGGAGGAGCUCAACAUCAUCCAGGGAGCGCUGGAGCUGCGCACCAAAACCGUGGAGGACGUCCUGACGCCGCUCAGCGACUGCUUCAUGCUGGCCUCGGACGCGGUGCUGGACUUCAACACCAUGUCGGAGAUCAUGCAGAGCGGCUACACGAGGAUCCCGGUGUUUGAGAACGAGCGGCCCAACAUCGUGGACAUCCUGUUCGUCAAGGACCUGGCCUUCGUCGACCCGGAUGACUGCACCCCGCUCAAGACCAUCACCCAGUUCUACAAACACCCGCUGCACUGCGUCUUCAACGACACCAAACUGGACGCGAUGCUGGAGGAGUUCAAGAAAGGCAAGUCCCACCUGGCCAUCGUGCAGCGGGUGAACAACGAGGGCGAAGGAGACCCCUUCUACGAGGUGAUGGGUAUCGUCACCCUGGAGGACGUGAUCGAGGAAAUCAUCAAGUCGGAGAUCCUGGACGAGACUGACCUCUACACCGAUAACCGUACAAAGCGCCGCGUAUCUCACCACGAGCGGAAGCAGCAGGACUUCUCCAUCUUCAAACUGUCGGAGAACGAGAUGGAGGUGAAGAUCUCUCCCCAGCUUCUCCUGGCGACGCACCGCUUCCUGUCCACAGAGGUGGAGCCCUUCAAACCAGCUCACGUCUCGGAGAAGAUCUUGCUGAGGCUGAUCAAACACCCCAGCGUGGUCCAGGAGCUGAAGUUUGACGAGAAGAACAAGCGGGCGCAGCAGCACUUCCUGUUCCAACGCAACAAACCGGUGGACUACUUCGUCCUGGUGCUGCAGGGUCGCGUCGAGGUGGAGUUCGGUAAGGAGGCGCUCAAGUUUGAGAAUGGAGCCUUCUCUUACUUCGGGGUACCCGCCAUCAUGCCGACAGUCCACAGAUCCCCCUCUCGAAGCAGUGGCUUGGACCGGUCUGAGUCCAUGGUGCACGGAGGCAGCGCGGGGCAGCUGAACGGAGGCGGGAACGUCUACCUGCCAGAUUACUCUGUCAGGCAGCUCACGCACCUUCAGAUCAUCAAGAUCACCCGGAGCCACUACCAGAAUGCCCUAACAGCCACCAGGAUGGACAGCUCACCUCAGACGCCCGAUGCCGACGCUCGUCUGGCAGAGGGCAGCGCCCCGACCCCGGAGCCCGCCGCCACGCUGAUGCCCCCGGGGCACACCACCGCCGCCGCCGCCGCCGCCACCACAGCCACCCUCAUGCCUCCGCCCAGGGAGCCCGGCCGGCCCGGCUCGGCAAGAGCCCACGGGCAGCAGUCCAGCGUGCCGCACAGCACCUCCCUGCUGAACGAGAAGAACCGCAUCGUCCGGAGCAAGUCCGACGGCCAGAGGAGUCCCAGCGACGCGGUGUUUCUCCGGAUGGACGAGAUCCCCUACAUCACAGAGGACGGAUCGGAGGCCGAGGCACACGCUGACAUGGCCUCUGUUCCCAUGGAAACGGACACGUCUCCUUUCAUCAGCAGCCUCUCGCUGAGCGGCUCGGAGGACACGCUGGGCAAGAAACUCCUGCUGAAACUCAGCCACAAGAAGAGGAAAAAAUCUCGCGAGGGGGAGAAAACACCAGAGGACAUUUCAGAGCAGCCGCUGGUUGAAACCUAGCAGAGUGCGUGUGAGACGGACCCCAACGCUCCCAUCGUCCGGUGGUUCCUUGAGUUGUUUGUAAAGACGACGUGGUCGGCGAA